AUGUCCAGUGCGAGCGAAGGGAGUGACUGGCAGCAAGUCCGCCACUACUCCGACCACCUCGGUCAUGCAGUCGUGUUGGAGCGACACGUCGCCAGUUACACCCCAGAUCCUAGUGAUCUGGUGCCCAUUCAGAUCUACAGUCUUGUCCCUUUGGAUGCAGACCACGAACAGCUCCGAGCAUACCUGAUGCAUAGUUUCUUCAAUGAAGAGGUCCUCCCAUUAUUCGAGAUAUACUCUUAUUGUCCACCCGACCCAUUUACCUGUAUCGAGCAUCAUCGUCGUGAAAUCGCUCAUCGAAAGCAGCAACACCGGUCGGGAGUCUCCAAUCCGCCUCCCCUAAUCCCCCUAUUUUUCUGUUCUAGUAGCGAGACGCCCAUUGCUAUUUGCGUUCUACUACGCUCCCAUAGUCAUCGAUUGGGCUAUACCAAUCAAGAGGACAACCUUGCAGAAGCUGGCGAAGGCCCUGACUUCCUUCACUUCAACCGCUGCUUCUCCAGUACUCGCAGUCAUGUUGACGAAGUGCAGCGGGCAUCCUAUCCCCCCGGCGAGCUCACUCCAGAAGCUUUCGAACUAUCGACCGAGCGAAUGAAAUGCCAAACGGACGUUGGCCAGACAAUAAUGAACGAGAUUUUCCUUAAUGCCGGUAAUCCGUUUCUGCAAUAUGCAAUGGAUGUGGACGAGGGCGAGCCUACCAGCCCAAAUCCAGAAUCCGAAGAGCAGAUCCACCAACAAAUCAUCCAACAAAUAGCUAUAGGGGGCUUUUUUCCUAGUCCAGCGUUCCAAAUCGCAGAGGAUGCCGGUAUCGUGAGCAUCACCAAUACCCCCAAAGACGCCGAACCUGAUCUACAAUAUCUUAUCUAUGCAUCCUUCCUAAGCCAUCUCCGCAACACUCCUGAAUCCUCUCUUCUCAAGAGCACCGCUCGUCUCUUCACCGCUGCGCUACUAUCCAACCUCCCAGCCCAGACGACCGUCAAUCUUACAUUCUCCAUCCCAGAAUCUAUGUCCUGGUCCGCCAUCCAUCCCGCCCACGCCCUGAGCCAGGUAACUGAUUUGCGCAUCGGUGCCCUGCAUACCUUCUCUGCUAAUGAAGACGAAACCCCCGCCCCGCACCGCAUCCCUCCGAGUUAUCCUCAUGACUCGAUAUACGCGGCCAGGGUAGGACUCUCCACGCCUUACCGUGUAUUUGCAGUCGUACUAGACAGAGCAAACUUUGUCAGCGAGGCAGGUAUUUAUUUCUAUAUGGCUGAUUGGGACGCGUCGAAUGAUCCAGAUCCCUUUCUGGAGGUCUGUCCCGAUGACGCCGAGGUGCGGCGUUGUGUGGGCAUGUCUGAGGCUGCGAGACGGCUGGCGAUGUUGGCUGUUGACGAAGCGCAAUCAUAUUAA